CUCUUGUGCCCUUCAGAGAAUAGUCACCUUAUGGUCAGACUUGCACAAGUUGAUGGAUGGAGGAAAUCACUCUGUGGUAUCAGAAUUUUUAUUGCUGGGCCUCACCAAUUCAUGGAGAAUUCAGAUUCUCCUUUUUCUGUUCUUCACAGUAUUUUAUGUAGCAAGCAUGCUGGGAAAUCUUCUCAUCGUGCUCACAAUCAUCUCAGACCAUCACCUGCACUCCCCCAUGUACUUCCUGCUGGCAAACCUCUCCUUUAUAGAUACAGGUGUGUCCAGCAUUGCUACUCCAAAGAUGAUUUAUGACCUCUUCAGGAAGCACAAAGUCAUCUCCCUGAAUGGGUGCAUCACUCAGAUGUUCUUCAUUCACACUGUCGGAGGAACAGAGAUGGUGCUGCUCAUAGUCAUGGCCUAUGACAGGUACAUCGCUAUCUGUAAGCCCCUCCACUACCUCACCAUCAUGAGUCUAAGAAUGUGCAUUUUUCUUUUGGCUCUGGCUUGGACCAUUGGCCUUAUCCAUUCUGUGGCCCAGUUGGCUUUUGUUGUAAAUUUACCCUUCUGUGGAGCUAAUAAAAUGGAUAGCUUUUAUUGUGAUUUUCCUCGGUUCAUCAAACUUGCAUGUACAGACACAUACAGACUGGAGUUCCUGGUCACUGCCAACAGUGGUUUCAUCUCCAUGGCCACCUUCUUCAUCCUGGUUGUGUCUUACAUCUUCAUCCUGGUCACGGUUCGUAAACACUCCUCGGGUGCUUCCUCCAAGGCCCUCUCCACUCUCUCAGCUCACAUCACUGUGGUAGUUUUCUUCUUUGGUCCUUGUAUUAUUGUCUAUGUGUGGCCUUUCCCUACGUUACCCAUAGAUAAGUUUUUAGCAAUUUUUGAUGCUAUUAUCACUCCUUUUAUGAAUCCCGUCAUCUAUACACUUAGAAAUAAGGAGAUGAAGGUUGCGAUGAGGAGACUCUUUAUUAGGGCUUUAAGUUUAAAAAAUUUUUUCAUUGGGAGUUCAAGAGAUUCAGAUUAAAAUAGAACGUUCUUGAGGGUAAAUCAUUUUUAUUCUUUACUGAGUGGUCUACAUUCAUGCAAGCAAUACUGAAUGGACUCAG